GUGCACUUUCUAUUUAGGCUAUGUGUGCAGGUGUUUCUGAAGGUGGCUGCAUGCUGCUCUUCUGCAGAAAGGGAGUUUUGAAGCUCUGCUGGUUUGAAAGAUGAGUGACUCACUGGAGAGGACUACAGACUGUCCUUUGCCGCUUCUCGCUGAGGAGUCCAACGUGAACGAUGAGAAAGGGAAUGUAACAGGACCAAGUGAGUUACGUUGGGAAGAUGGAGGUCUGCCCAUGGAGCUCCAGAAAGGGAUGGAAACCCUACGAGUGAACAGAGAAUUGACUGAUGUGACACUGCGCGUUCAGGGUCAUGACUUCGCUUGCCAUAGAGCGAUUCUGGCGGCUGCAAGUCACUACUUCAGGGCAAUGUUUUGCAGCGGUCUCAAGGAGAGUCAUGAGGAACGUGUGGAAAUGAAAGGUUUGGACAGCGGGACAAUGCACUGUCUCUUGGAGUAUACCUACACCAGCCAAGCUCUUCUCACACACUCGAAUGUCCAGAGAAUACUCGAGGCUGCCAGUCAGUUUCAGUUCCUUCGUGUGGUAGAUGCGUGCUCUAGCUUUCUCAGCAAGUCUAUGCAGCUAGACACCUGUAUUGGCAUCUUGAAUCUGGCUGACAGACAUGCCCUGUCAGCCCUGCGCGCCAGAGCUCAGGACUAUAUUACUACUCAAUUCUCUCAAGUGGUCCAGCAGCAGGACUUCCUGGAGCUGCCAGUGGAAUCUCUGGAGACUAUCCUGCAGAGGGAUGACCUGGAUGUGAAAUGUGAGGAGUGUGUUUUUGAAGCACUAAUGCACUGGGUGAGAGCCCGCCAGGAUGAACGCUAUCCCUUACUGGCCAGGUUGCUUACGCACGUACGGUUGCCACUGCUGGAGCCGGCAUACUUUGUUGAGAAAGUGGAGUCAGAUGAGCUGAUACGACGGUGCAGCGAAGCUUUUCCUUUGUUGCAAGAGGCCCGCAUUUAUCAUCUCUCUGGCAGGGAGGUGGUCUCAGAACGAACCAAACCACGUGUGCAGCACUUUCUAUCAGAAGUAUUCUUGAUCAUUGGAGGCUGCACCAAAGACGAACGCUUCAUUUCCACUGUCACAUGUUUGGACCCUCUCAGACGCAGCCGACUGGAGGUCGCCAGGAUGCCAAUGACAGAGUUAGAGGACGAGUCCCAAAAUAGAAAAUGGGUGGAAUUUGCUUGUAUCACUUUCCACAAUGAAGUAUACAUAUCUGGAGGUAAAGAGACACAGCAUGAUGUCUGGAAAUACAAUGGUGCCCUGGACAAGUGGAUCCAAAUCGAGCCCCUGUCGACUGGGCGCUGGAGACACAAGAUGGCAGUUCACUGUGGGAAAGUGUACGCACUGGGAGGGUUUGAUGGAGUUCAGAGGCUUUCUAGUGUUGAGGCCUAUGAUCCCUUUCAUAAUCGCUGGAUGCAGGUGACACCUCUUGCAGUAGGUGUGAGCUCAUUUGCUGCUGCAAGCUUUGACAGAUGGAUCUAUGUGAUUGGUGGUGGGCCGAAUGGAAAGCUGGCCACUGAUAAGGUCCAGUGCUGGGAGCCAGGGACAGGCGGCUGGGAACUGAAAGCACCCAUACCCAUUGAAACUAAAUGCACUAAUGCUGUUACAUUCAAGAACUGCAUCUAUGUAGUUGGUGGUGCCAUGCAUGCCAUGUACUGCUACUCUCCUCUAUCUGAUUCCUGGACCCUUGUGACUCGUCUGGGGGAGAGGGCAAGCUGUGCCAUCGCUGCCUGUAACAACAAACUUUUCAUCACUGGAGGAAGAGAUAACAAAAACCAAGUCAUCUCCACAGUGAUGUGCUGGGAUGUCGCCCGAGGGGUUUUGACAGAGGAGUGCGUUUUACCAAUGGGAGUCUCCCACCAUGGCAGUGUGACCCUCAUGAAGUCCUACACACAUAUACACAGAAUAACACCUGCCUCAGAGAGCCAAUGAUACAGACACCGUGAACAGGACCUAUUUUGGUGCUAAGAGUGGUUGUAGGAUUAUGCAUGAACAGUAAAAACAUGUUCAAAGAUAAGGAAAAAGUUUUUUUCUGCAUGCAUUACAAUGUUUACUUUAUCUUUGUUACCGUUUUGUAACAAAUUAAUGACUAUGAUGUUUUGAAAACAUUGCGUUUGUAGUUAAGCUUUCUCAGAAAAGUGUGGAUUACAAAGUCACAACAGGUCACAAAAGUCUACAAACACAAAAACGAAAAUUAAGCAUUUGCUAAAUCAUUAUCUUAUAAUUUUCUUAUUAACUGCCAGAGAAAUUUAAAGUUGCAAGUGAAGGAAAGAGCAAUACAAAAGCAAUUAAAUUAACUUUUGGAUUUUCCUUUUAUGUUUUCAAUUAGCAAACUAACUCUG